AGUUAUGCAAACCGGAAAUGACGAUAACCUCGUACUUUAGAAGUUUUGAUGAAAGUUUCUGAAAAUUGACAAAGUUUUGGAACUGACUUGCCUUAUCUUCUGCUUCUUCUAUUUAGGUUUGUUCCUGUGUCUGAUACGGAGAGAGAGAGAGAGUAUCUCAUUGGAAGAGGAUCCUACACCUUUCCAUCUUUAUAGACAGAGCAGCAGUGAUACAAACAUCUUAUUGAAGUUGUUGAAAGUUUGGUGACAGGGAAAUGAAGUGUGACCCUGGCAUGUACAUGUAUAUAUUCUAUGUACAUAUGACUAGACUCCAGUAGACUCAUGUAUACUGUAGUGUGACAGGAGCAGUGUAACUAGUCAUGCUAGCUUCAAGAUGAGCCAAUAGACAUCAGGUAACUCACAAGUACUUGUGUAUAUAUAGCGCAGCACAAUGAAACUAUGCAAGCUCACAUCGUCACGACAACGAGUGAUGGAAGGGCGAGUUGGCUGGCCCGUAUCGUCGGUCUUCCUCAGCCUCUUUCUGAAGUGGUUGUUUGUCGUUCUGACAGUUGAUAUUGCAACUUCAGCCAGACUUCUUCAAGUGCCUCUACAAUACAGACAUAUCCAGCAUGAUGCAGACCUCCUCGAUGACACAUUCCAGGUACGGGACAGGAGAGAGACUGGGGAUUCCCCCACACCCACAUCCGGAUCCCCCCCCUCAGGGAACCUCAAGGGGCGGCCUGGUCAGGGAUACUACAUCACUGUCUACAUUGGUACACCGCCACAAGAGAUCAAUGUCUUGGUGGACACAGGCAGCAGUAACUUUGCAGUAGCAGCUUAUCCUGAUCCUUUUGUCACCACUUAUUUCCACAGAGAAAAUUCAUCUACCUUAGAGGAGCUGGGUAUGAUGGUGAAUGUGCCCUACACCCAAGGGAAGUGGGAGGGGCCCCUAGUGAGGGACCAGGUGACUCUGUCCAUCCUGCCGGACAUCACUGUCCCUGCUCAGGUGGCCUGUAUCACAGACUCCCAGGGCUUCUUCAUCAACGCCUCCAACUGGCAGGGCAUUCUUGGCUUAGCCUAUGCAAAAAUAGCUAGGCCGGAUUCCACAGUGGAGCCGUACUUUGACAGCCUGAUCAAAUCUGCUCAGGUAGAAAGUGUGUUCUCUAUGCAGCUGUGCGGCCCAGUCCUCAAUGCCGACUCCACGGGAUUGGCUAUGGCAGGCACAAUGGUUAUAGGUGGUGUGGAUGAGUCGCUGUAUGAAGGUCCCCUCUUUACCUCACCUAUACACAGAGAGUGGUACUAUGAAGUGGUGAUUACCGAUGUGGAAGUGGAUGCUGAGAGUUUAAACAUGGACUGUAAAGAGUAUAAUUUUGAUAAAACAAUAGUGGAUAGUGGAACAACCAAUCUGCGUCUUCCAAUAAAGGUGUAUAACCAAGUGGUGACCAGAAUAAAAUCAAAGCUGAAGGCUUCAGGGAUGUCCGUGUUUCCCUCCAGUGAGUUUUGGAAUGGUGAUGAUAGCAUGUGUUGGAGUAAAGACGAGUCAGCAAAUUCAAACUUCCCCAGCAUCAGUCUGUCUUUGUCUCAUACGUACAACUCCGUCUUCAAGCUAGUCCUGUUCCCUCAUCAUUAUCUCCGUCCCGUAGAUUUAUCUGACAUAGCCCAAGGUGAAGAGUGUUUUAAGUUUGCCAUAUCCAGCUCAGAUUCAGGAACUGUUCUGGGAGCCGUUGUGAUGGAGGCCUUUUAUACUGUUUUUGAUCGCAAAAAUAAAACCAUUGGUUUCGGGAAAUCUCGAUGCACAACCUCAAAGUCUUUCAUACAAGGCUUUUUCCACUAUAAAGGUAACUCUACCCUGUGUGCCUAUGUUAAGCCUGUACGGGAUGAUACCACCUUAACCAUUGUGGCUUACGUCAUGGCCGGAGUCUGUGUCUUGUGUAUUCUCCCAUUGGUUCUGCUGGGCAUCCAAUGGCAGAUGAGGAAAUUUUCAGCCUGCAGAAAACAAGGGAGGCACAGCGAAGACAAUGACGAGAGGCCUCUGCAUGAAGAAAGCAGAUAACACAUCUUGUGUUUUAUUCCCCUCCCCCUCUCCUUUCUCCCACUUCCCUACCCCCUCUUCCCCUCACUUCCUACCUCCCAAUUCAUAUAUUGACAACUUGAAAGACAUUAGGUAACACAUGUGGUAUAUUUUAUAACCCCAACCUAACUCUGACACCUGAACGGCCCCUUAUUAAUAUCAUGAUGAAAGAUAUCCAAUCCUCCAUUGUCACAUUGUCAGCGUGUAAUUUCAAACAAGAUGACUGCAAUAAGUGGAAUUAAGCUUUAAUUAUUCAUUCAAAAAAUAGUAUGAGGAGUUAGUCAUCUACAUGUACUUAUAUUUUCAAUCCGAACGAUGAUAUUACAAAAAGCCCUUACUUUUUGAUUUUUUGCACCUAUGCAAUAUCAUCAUUGAUUAUGUCAAUGUUCAUAUUCAUAUUUCUUAGUAUGGCCUGGGAAAUGGAUUACUUCCUUAGUUAACAGGGUCUUCAUAUUGGUUAUUAACUUUUAAAAGUGUGACUCUGACAAUGUCCGGAUGAUAACCUGAAAAUAUUGUGUAGAAUUAUGAUGCUUAUAAAGGGAAAUUAUGCAAGGAUUUUGACAUGUAUAAAUCCUCAGUUUGAAAUCAUUCAUACUUGUAAUUGAGAUGCAAAUAACCUUGUGUGAAUUAAGGUUAAUAACCUCAAAGUUCAUCUGUCGUUAAGUUGCACAUUUUGCCUGAAUGUAUUAAAGUGUUCCUUUUUAGAGAGAAAGGAUUUUAGAGAGGUGUUUUGAGGUUUGUUUCACAGGUAGGUUCAUAUCAAGUUCGAAAAAGUUUCAGCUCUUAUCUCAUGACAUUUAUUUGCCUAUAAAAAUAGACUUUUGGGUUGAAAUUUUUUGUCUUUUACCACGACUACUAUGUAGUAGUUAGAAUCAGGGAAAAGCAGUGGUAUACCAUAUUCAUCACAUACUUUGAAUUGUUCAAGGUGUUUGAAAUUUGGAAUGUUUUAAGGUUUUGCUGAGACAUUCAGGUUAUUUCUGCAGGAUUUUAGUAGGUUGUAAUUUAGACUUGUGUCAGAUACUUCGGUUACCACAGAAAUGAUCUGCACAUAGACCCAUGUGGAGCUUUAAUGGAGAUUUGUGGCCAAAACUCAAUAUU